AUGCCCUCAGUGAAGGACCUGGUGGUGAUGCCCUCAGUGAAGGACCCAGGUGAUGCCGUCCUGUGUUCACUAGGGACGAGGAAUGUCAAGUUUAAGACUAGAGUUUGGGAGUCUGGAGGCUUUGCUGGAGACUCUGUAAAUGGCAGAACCGGGACCCAUAAGACACUGGACCUAUUAGAACCUGGAUCUAUUAGUUCUGGAACCCAUAAGACACUGGACCUAUUAGAACCUGGACCUAUUAGUUCUAGAACCCAUAAGACACUGGACCUAUUAGAACCUGGACCUAUAAGUUCUAGAACCCAUAAGAACCUGGACCUUUUAGAACCUAGACCUAUUAGUUCUGGAACCCAUAAGACCCUGGACCUAUUAGAACCUGGAUCUAUUAGUUCUGAAACCCAUAAGACACUGGACCUAUUAGAACCUGGACCUAUUAGUUCUGGAACCCAUAAGACCCUGGACCUAUUAGAACCUGGAUCUAUUAGUUCUGGAACUCAUAAGAACCUGUACCUAUUAGAACCUGGACCUAUUAGUUCUGGGGCCCAUUAA